UUAAGUAUGUACAUAAAUCCAAUGAAAUGGAAAACCCGAACUCUGGGAUAUUCUGGAUUGGGUUUGUUUGGAUUUUACCUUCUUUUUAUUUACAAAUGGACGCACCAUUUACUUUAUAAAGCUGUAGUAGAUUCUGAACCUAAGUACGUCUGGGAAUACGUUGCUGAUUUUAGUAAUAUGAUGAAGUUAAAUCCUACUAUCAAAGAGUUUGAUAUUAUUGAUGAGUCUGGAAAUUACGACCACUGGAAAUAUUCUGUAAAGUAUACAGAACGCUUGAGUCAUUUUCCGAUCGUUCAAAAUACUGCUCAUGGACAUUAUUCAGUCAAACCCAAAGCUGUGGGUUUUGUGAUCGAAUCGAAACAUCGCACUUGUUUUUUGAUGGGAAUGAGCUGCUUAAAUUCAUAUUCGGAAUUUAUUUUCGUACCAGAGGGUAAAAGUACGAAAUGUAUUGAAAAAAUCGACUAUGAGUGCCCAUUGAUUUUUUCAAGUAUUUGUCGGAAAGAAGUGACCUUUCAAAGACAAGAAAUAAUGAAAAACUUACAGUCUCAUUUUUCCACAGUUAAUUUGGAUAAGGAAAAGUAA